CAACCCAACUGGUCCGUUCCUUCCCCUCUCUCUCUCUCUCUACUCUCUCUCCUCUCUCAGAAUCAAUCAUACUGCGCCUUUACCUUCCACAACAUCUUCUUCUCCUUCUCAAAGCGCACUCAUGGCGGAAAAAGGCAGUAGCAGUCCAUUGCCAAAGUUCGGCGAAUGGGAUGUCAACGACCCAGCAUCCGCCGAGGGGUUCACAGUAAUCUUUAACAAGGCCAGGAAUGAGAAAAAGACUGGUGGGUUGCCUGACUCUCCAGCGAAGGACGACCCCACGUACAAGCAUGGAGCUGUUCUUGGAAAGCCUCAGUCUAAAAAAUGGUUUUGCUGCUUGCAAGCUGCAGAAUCAUGAGGCUUUCGGCUCGACUGUGGGGUUCAGCAGAAAUGUAUAAUCUGCAAAAUUCUCGACACACGACUACUUUAUCUCUACGACUACAAAACUGAAGCUGUAUUUAGAACCUGUGAUGAUGGAUAAUGCUGGACUCCAUUUGUUAGAACUUGUCAAUAAUUUGGGUUUUGGGGGGAUGAAGAUGAUUAAAACAUCAUUGUCUUGUUAUGUUAUUGUUCUUCUGCAUGAAUGGCAAUUGUUGGAGAUUGUUUGCUUAUCAAAUCCUCCCUCCUCCCUCCUGUGCCCACUAGUUGUGAAAUGAUGUUGUUUGUGACAGUUUCUUGCCUGAAUGAUUUCAAAUGUAUCUCCUUUUUUUUUUGUGUAAUCUGAAACUUUGUGCUGGGAUUUUUCAUAUCCUUCGUUCUGCAUUGUCUCUGUUUUCUACAGCCAUUGGUUUUUA